ACUACAUCUCCCAGCAUUCAGCCUGGCACAGCUGGGAAGCAGUAGCGGCACGCAGAGCUGAAGUGGUUCCAGGACACGGGAGACUUCCCCGAUGCUAUUUGCCGUCUCUCUACAAACAUCAUUAGCGCCGAUGCCCGGCUGCCGGCAAACAGACCUGGACUUGGGUAGGGGGAAUGAGCCACGCCGUGUCAACAAACAGCAAAAAGUAGCCAAGAAAUGAAUAAAGAAGAGAAGCCAAGGGGCCGACGGCUUGUAAUGUAGCCCUGACUUUAGCCCAGGGAUUCCUCCUGCUUCCCAAAUGAAUGAUUUAUUCAUGCGCUGGAGUCACUUAUCCGGCAUUGAUUCAGCCAUACUGCAUUUCCUUCCCUACAGAAAGCCUUUUAAUCCCCCCCCCCCACCCCAGCCUGAGUGCAGGGUAUAGCCGGCGGCUGAGGGGGAACGGAACCCUGGAAGUGGAGAAUAUAAGACGAGCGGCGGUGGGGGGGACAUGCUUUAACGAGCGAAAGUGCACGGUCGGAUCCCACCAUGAGUGAUCGGCGAGGGCUCCAUCCUCCGCUUCACUUUCCCAGUGUGCCGGCUGCCGCUGCCUCCUCCUCGGCAAGGGCUGUUCUGCAGCAUAGCUUCCAAUGAACUGGGAAGGGUGGGGGGGGGAAGAGAGAAAACAACUUAACGGUGGGUGUUUACUGUCCCUUGUGUCAUCCUAACCCCCCCCAUCGCCUCCCCCCGGAGUCAUUGUUAUCUUGACACCACCGGCAAGUAUUCAGCGGGCAACCCUCUAUGAAGAUUCGCUGGCCACGGACCCUCUUCAUCUGUUUUAUUCACACCCCCCCUUUCCGUUUUAGUACUUGCCCCUCUUGACUUUAAUCCCCCCCCCUUUUUCUUUCGCUCCAUCUCCCAUAAGUUGUUUUUUUUUUUUUUUUUAUUUCUCCUUGUCGAUUGUCAGCACUUUCCCAUUAAUGUGCCCUUUGCUUCAGUGAAGCGGCUCCACAUGGCUGGAGAGGGGGCUCCGAGGGCUGGAGGUGAAAGGGAGCAUAAAGGAGCGCUCCUCUAGGCAGCUUUUUCCAUUUGGGAAGUGAGCAGUAAUUGAGCGAAGGCAGCUGCACAUUGGGAAUCAAUAGAGUCUGCUUCCUUCCAGCUAAGGGCACUUUGGGCUUCCAGGAGGUCACUGGAGUGAAGACAGACGCGAGCAGCGCUCACUGCAGAGUCCUCCAACUCCAUCCUCCGGCUGCAACAGUGACACCAGCACCACCGCCGCUGCCGCCACGCUUCCUGUUACCAAGGACACAAUAGUUUGCAAAUUCCCACUCCCGGUACUCUCUUAGCAGUUGCCCCAAUGAUUAACGGGCAACUCUGAUCUCUGCGAGUCUCCGGCUGCUGAGGGGGAAAGCCAGGGAGCGAGCAACUCUGCCGAGGAACUGCUGCCUUUCCUUUUCAUUCCUGGGAUCAGGAGCGACCACCAAAAUGCCCCAAAUUGGGACCAUUUUCCAUUCUUUGUGGAUUCCUUUCUUUUGCUUCUGUGUUGCCCCCAAUGCCAUGCUUGGUGGGGCGGCCGGAUCGGAGCAGCAUAUCCCCUUAUCCAUGGUGAAGCUAUGGGCCUCGGCAUUUGGCGGCGAGAUCAAAUCGAUAGCAGCCAAGUACUCGGGUUCCCAGCUCCUGCAGAAGAGCGUCUUCACGAAGUACAAGGAGUUUGAGAAGGACGUGACUAUUGAGGAGAUCGAUGGGCUGCAGUUGGUUAAGAAGUUGGCCAAAGACAUGGAGGAAAUGUUCCACAAGAAAUCGGAAGCUGUGCGGAGACUGGUGGAAGCGGCCGAGGAUGCGCAUCUGAAACACGCGUUUGACGCAGAUUUACAGUACGAAUACUUUAACGCCGUUCUGAUUAACGAGCGCGACGAGGAUGGGAACUUCCUGGAACUGGGGAAGGAGUUCCUGCUGUUGCCCAACGACCACUUCAACAAUUUGCCCGUUAAUGUCAGUCUGAGCGACGUGCAAGUGCCCACCAAUGUGUACAACAAAGAUCCGGAAAUAGUCAACGGGAUUUACUGGUCUGAAGCCUUAAACAAGGUUUUUGUGGACAACUUUGACCGCGACCCAUCAUUAAUAUGGCAAUAUUUCGGAAGUGCAAAAGGAUUUUUUCGGCAGUAUCCAGGCAUCAAAUGGGAGCCCGAUGAAAACGGAGUUAUAGCGUUCGACUGCCGAAACCGUAAAUGGUACAUUCAAGCUGCCACCUCUCCGAAGGACGUAGUUAUUUUAGUUGACGUCAGUGGAAGCAUGAAAGGUCUUCGCUUGACAAUUGCAAAGCAAACUGUGUCUUCUAUUUUGGACACCCUCGGAGAUGAUGACUUCUUCAACAUAAUCGCUUACAACGAGGAAAUCCAGUAUGUGGAGCCGUGUUUGAACGGAACCCUAGUGCAGGCCGACAGGAACAACAAGGAGCACUUCAGGGAACACUUGGACAAACUGUACGCUAAAGGGAUCGGAAUGCUGGAUAUUGCCCUAAAUGAGGCCUUUGAUUUGCUAAGUGAGUUCAACCAUUCGGGAGAAGGCAGUGUCUGUAGCCAAGCCAUAAUGCUCAUCGCCGACGGCGCAGUCGACACAUACGACAACAUAUUUGCCAAGUACAACUGGCCGGACAGAAAGGUCCGGAUGUUCACUUACCUCAUUGGAAGAGAGGCCGCAUUCGCUGAUAACAUGAAAUGGAUGGCCUGCGCCAAUAAAGGUUUUUUUACUCAGAUAUCGACCUUGGCCGACGUGCAAGAAAAUGUCAUGGCCUACCUUCACGUCCUGAGCCGGCCGAAAGUCAUUGACCAGGAACACGACGUUGUGUGGACAGAAGCCUACGUUGAUAGCACGCUCCCUCAGGCACAAAAGCUUGCCGAUGACCAAGGGCUAGUCCUGAUGACUACUGUGGCCAUGCCGGUUUUUAGUAGGCAGAACGAGACCAGAUCAAAGGGGGUUCUGUUGGGCGUCGUCGGCACGGAUGUACCAGUGAAAGAACUGAUGAAGGCCAUUCCAAAAUAUAAGCUGGGAAUUCACGGUUACGCCUUUGCCAUUACAAACAAUGGAUAUAUCCUGACCCACCCGGAGCUCAGGCCCCUGUAUGAAGAGGGAAAAAAGCGAAGAAAACCCAAUUACAGCAGCGUGGAUCUGUCGGAGGUGGAGUGGGAGGACCGCGAUGACGUGCUGCGCAACGCCAUGGUCAACAGGAAGACAGAGAAAUUUUCUAUGGAAGUCAAAAAGACAGUGGACAAAGGGAAACGCGUGUUGGUCAUGACGAACGACUAUUACUACACGGAUAUAAAGGGCACGCCGUUCAGCUUGGGUGUCGUCCUCUCCAGGGGGCACGGGAAGUAUUUCUUCAGAGGGAAUGUGACUAUAGAGGAAGGGCUGCACGAUCUCGAACACCCGGAUGUUUCUUUAGCCGACGAAUGGUCCUACUGUAACACCGACUUGCACCCCGAGCAUCGCCACUUAACUCAGUUGGAAGCCAUCAAAAUCUACCUCACGGGGAAGGACCCGCUGCUGCAAUGUGAUAAGGAAUUAAUCCAAGAAGUCCUGUUUGAUGCAGUAGUCAGUGCACCACUAGAGGCCUACUGGACCAGCCUGGCGCUGAACAAGUCAGAGAAUUCGGACAAAGGAGUGGAAGUCGCCUUCCUGGGGACUCGCACCGGCCUGAGCCGCAUUAACCUGUUUGUGGGCGCCGAGCAGCUGACCAAUCAAGACUUCCUUACAUCCGAAGACAGAGAGAGUAUAUUCAAUGCCGACCACUUCCCUUUAUGGUAUCGGAGAGCUGCGGAGCAGAUACCGGGCAGUUUCGUCUACUCCAUUCCAUUCAGCACAGGAUCAGAAAACAAAAGCAACGUAGUGACGGCCAGCACCGCCAUUCAGCUAUUGGACGACAGGAAAUCCCCCGUAGUUGCGGCUGUCGGCAUCCAAAUGAAACUCGAAUUCUUCCAGAGGAAAUUCUGGAUCGCCAGCAGACAGUGUGCCUCAUUGGAUGGAAAAUGCCCCAUCAGCUGUGAUGAUGAAGAGAUUAAUUGUUACCUCAUCGAUAAUAACGGAUUCAUUUUGGUGUCGGAAGACUACGGACAGACUGGAAACUUUUUUGGGGAAGUCGAAGGAGCCGUAAUGAAUAAAUUGUUAAAUAUGGGAUCUUUUAAAAGAAUUACACUCUAUGAUUACCAAGCCGUGUGUAGGACGACAAAAGAAAGCAGUGACAGCGCCCACAGCUUAUUGGACCCGUACCGCGCCAUAUUCACCGCCAUAAAGUGGAUGAUGACAGAACUGAUCUUAUUCCUGGUUGAGUUUAAUCUAUGCAAUUGGUGGAAUUCAGGCCACUCAGUUAAAGCACAACGGCUCAAACAGGUUCUAGAGCCCUGCGACACCGAGUACCCGGCUUUUGUCUCUGAGCGGACCAUAAAGGAGACCACGGGCACUGUGGCUUGCGACGACUGUUUCAAGUCGUUUGUCAUCCAGCAGAUCCCGAGCAGCAAUCUCUUCAUGGUGGUGGUGGAUAAUGUCUGCAGUUGUAGCUCCGUCACCCCAAUUACCAUGGCACCUAUUGAAAUUAGGUAUAACGAAUCCCUCAAAUGUGAGCGCUUGAAAUCACAGAAGAUACGACGGCGGCCGGAAGCCUGUCAUGGAUUCCAUCCCGAAGAAAAUGCGAGAGAAUGCGGCGGUGCCUUCAGCAUUAACCCCCGAGCCACCGUGGUGCUGCUGGGGCUUGUAAUGAUCUAUGUGUCGAGGUGACCCUGACUGACGGGAUCACAUGGCAUGCUAGUUACAUGGACAUAGCGGGAGCUGAGACCGUCGGCGCAGUGUAGAAGACAAGAAUCGUAGUCAGCUCAUCAGCAUUUCAUGACUUUGAAACUGUUGGAAACAAACAAAAACUCUAAAAAAAGAGGUACAAAGCCAAGCUCCACCCCCUUACGUCGCGAUUCAUGCAGAUGUGUCAUGUCGCCAUCACACCCCAUAGCCACUGGACAACAGCCCCUGGGGGAUCAUCCUCUUCAGCUUUGCCCCCCCCCCAUCCAAAUGGUGUACUUUUUAAAUAAAGUAUAUUAAAAUCAUGA